AUGGUUAACCGAAUCACGGCAGAGGUGAUCAACGACAACAUCUUUCUGUCGGGCGACUUUGUGCCUGUCAAGGUGGUGCUAGAUAUCGAGGAGCCCAUCGUGAUCAACAGCCUCAUAUUGACCCUACUGGGGUACGUUAUUACCAGUGCUUUUUCUCCACAGAAACAGGUGGAAAGCCCCUCGACGCUUGUUCCUGCCAACGACUAUUACCAUCGGUUCUUGUUCAGAGCGUUUGAGCUCAAUAUCGACUCCAAGCUCAAUCUUGAAAAAGGCCGCUACGAGAUCGAAAGCCGGGUAGAGAUUCCCGAUAAGAAUACGCUAUGUGAAUGCAAAAGGGCUGAAGUGCCGGAAGAGGCAGAAUUGGUUCCACAGCCUACCUUCUUGCUUCCACCUUCAUAUACCCAUGAGACCCAGAACGGCGACUUCAUUGCUGUAUCCUAUCUAGUUCUUCCUCUUGCCAACGAGGAUACGCUUGUAGACCCCAUGACGGGUCUCGAUCCCAAGAUUUCGUACUCACCCUGUCAGAUCCGAAUCCGACCUGCCAAAACCUCGAUACCUCCAGGUUUCCUAACAAGCGAGCAGAUGUACCUGGUUGAAGCGCAAAUUCCCGGAGAAUUGGCCUGGAGAAUGCGAGUGGAUGCUUUUGGCGCCGAAGCGGUGGUUCUAUCGCUAGGUCUGAGGCUUACAGCUUGUGCUUUCUUCCGUGCUUAUCCGAUGAAAGACGAUGGGGCCAUCAGCCUUACAAAACACAUCCGGCCCGGCGAAAUGCUCAACCGAGAUGUGAGUUUUUCACUUGGGCUUUCGUUUCCCAGGCGGAUUGCUGAACUUCCCGAUACCAUCAAAAUCCGGUGUCAGUCCGUGAAGGUGUCGCUUGUGGAGGAGGUGGAGUACCCGAAAAUCACAUCCAAAGACGGCAAAAUGCUGGAUUCUUCUUCUACUUUGACAGACAUUUCGCUCAUCACUUCAAAAGUGAAAACCAGAGAGAUCUUGGACGAGGACCUCAACGAGGAUGUCUCCUUUGAACUAUACCACGUUUCCCAGCCCGAGGACCACAGCGGCCACCAAAAACACUAUAUAUAUCAAUGUCCCGGCGAGUGGUUUGAGGUUGCUGUUCCGCAAACCCUGACCACUUUUGCUACUGCUGUGCUAUCUCACCAAUACAAGUUGGUGGUGGAUUUCGUCUUUCUGACCAUCGAGGAGCCGCUGCACCGAGUCAGCGUCAGCGUGGAGUCGGACGUGUUCAUCAACGACGAUUUUGCAAAAAAAGAGAGCUAUUAG